GAGGCUCCUGCACGCAAUCUGGAAGUGGCGGUUGUUUCAGUAUGGCGUCUGUUGCUGAGGGCGCAAAUGGCAAUGGAAUCUACUGGAUUCAUGACAAAUCAGAUGAAGAACAGGGACAGCCCAUGGUUUUUGUUACAGGGAUGAGCAGGAACGUCGGCCUAAAGUUUGGUUCAGCAAAUAAUACAGAGGGAAAGAUAAAAAGGAGAGCUGGCAGCAUGGAUAAAAGUGGCAAGAAACCAGGAUUGCAUUUGGGAAUACAAAAUGCUGAGAUGGCAGCGGGAAAAGCUUCAGAUCGGAAGCUGCCUUCUACUGUAGCCAAAUCCAAAACCACUACACCUGCACCAGAACCAGACCUUCCUCCUUUCACUUCAGCUCAGACUCUCUUCAGCGCUGCCCAAGCCAAAAGUAAGCCAUCGUUGAAGGAUCUCUGCCCAGAGGACAAGCGUCGGAUUGCCAAUCUCAUUCAGGAGCUGGCCAGAGUGAGUGAAGAAAAAGAGGAAUCCGUACAGAAACUCAGGGAUGAACAGGAAACCUUUGAGAAACAAAUCAUACAGUUAGAGCAACAAAACCAGCUCAUCGUACAAGAGAGAGAAAGCCUGCAGCACCAGUACCGAGAGUGUCAGGAGCUGCUGGGACUCUAUCAGCAGUACCUCUCCCAACAGCAAGAGAAACUCAACAAGUCUAUCACACUGCUCAAUCAGUCCUGCUCCCACAGCAAGAUUCCUAGCAGCGAAGGGGUGCCCAGGAGGUCUUCGUGUGGGAGAGGAACUGCUUUAGAUGGAUCUUACUUGGACCUUCCUUUAUCAGGAAGUAGAACUGAGAGAGGUGGGUCAGUGGAGGGCACUCAUUCUUUCUCAACAGGACCUUUUAGUGCACCCUCCAGCAACGAGCAGAACUGUGGAGUCCAUGACGAGCACACCAAUCACAAUUCUGAAGGUGGACAUAGUGAUCCCAGCUUCUCCAACAGGGAGCCCUCGGCCUGUGAUGCCCUGAAGCGGCCUGGUGCCUCUGAACUCAAGUGCUCUCAUCAGUGCCACAGAAUGGAGAGUGACAACAUGCGUGGUGCUAAUCGAACCGGACUUGCUCCGCCUCCUGGUCAGGAGAACUGGGAGGAGAAACGACAGUGUCUAUUCCUGCAGAAGAAACAGCUGGAGAUGGAGAGGGAGAGAAUUCAAGCUCGGUUGGUUCAACAGGAAGAGAAACUUCUGCUCCAGAACCAGCAACUCCGUCAGUCUUACCUUCAGUACAGCAGGCUUCAGCAAGCAACCACAACAGAUUUUGAGAAGCCCUUAAAUGGAGACCGCAGUUUUAAUGAAGGUCCACAGUCCUGUUUUGUUAUGGAUCAGGUAACACGCAGCAGUGAAAUAAAAGAGCGAGAGUCACACAUUCUGCAGAGAUGUGUUCAACAACCGUUGAGUAACCUACAGUCACAGGAACAAACAAGUAUUAAGCAACCUACACCCAAGCUUUCACAAGAGAUCUCUAUUACCAAGAAGGAUAUGGCCACUUCUCCUGUGAUUCCAGAAAGCUUCCGGACAUCUGCUCUUCCCAAAAUUCCUCCUCUUGGUCUUCCCAGGACUCCACAGGCCUCCAGGUGGGAUGACUCUUUGAUGGAGCUGUUGGACAUUUUUAGUCCUGUAUCUAACCCAGAGAGGUACCGAAUCAACCCCUCGUCCCGGAAGAGUUUCGUCGCCCCUCUGUCCUCUCAGAAGACCCUUUUCUCUCCUCUAGGCCCCAGUCGGUCCUCUUUGCAAGACCUGGAGGAGAGCGAGAUCUUAGAAGACAUCUUUUUCAUCUGUUGAAGGGUUGUAAUGGCAGCUAAUUGUUGGAAUACAAAACUCAUUUGAAUGAUCAUUAAUUAUUCAUGUGCUCUUAAUUCUGCCUUUUUAGUGUCUUGAAAUAAUCAUGGUCUUAAUUUUUUAACGUAUUCAAGUGUUGUUUCUCCCUUAAUAAAAUGUGUUUAUUAAUAAA